AUGUUAUAUUAUUCUUCUUUAUAUGCGACUAAAACCGGAGACAUCAUCUGUGAAUUGUAUGAACCAUCAACCAGCAAGGAAUUUCGUGCUGAGAUUCGUGACUUCACUCUACAACUUAUUCAAAAUCCAUUGACUUUUACAACCUGCGGUUUUUUUUAUCUCGACCAUACAUUGAUACGUAAUGUGAUCAGUUCCGUCACAACUUAUCUCAUUAUUCUCAUUCAAGUUGGAAACGUACCACAACAAGUUUUUAUUGAAGAUUUAAAUUUAUCGGCUAAAUCAGAGGUUUGAAAUUAUAGUUACGUGUUC